UGAGGGUUCAAUAGUCCUAUCAUCAUCUUAAACGACUUGUUGCUGGCUGUCAAUGAUUUCAAAACAACGGCGUCACUUAGAACAUAUUUUAUUUGUCAUAUUAAUUAGAAUAUCACAAUUAUACUUUGGUAGAACGUCGCUAUUUAGGUUGUUCGUGUAAAAUACAACAAAGGGUAAGUCUUAUCGAUGAGGGUGAAACGCUGAUGACGACUGGCUGAAGUGAAAUGAAACGGGAAGUGAAAGUUAAGGCAGCUGGUUUGGACAUAAACCGAAAAGAGCGUGAUUAAAAGAGAAAGCAAGGCUUAAAGUUGCUUUAAAAGUAAAGUACCCUGAUCAUCACCAUGGCGUCAAUAAAUCGGUUGUACUUCAUCGUAACGACAAAACCUGAAUGCCCAGGACACAUCAAGACUGGCCAAAUAUGCUACAUCGGGGAAUCCAUCUACAACAACAAACGGUCAGUCAGAGAAAGGUUGCGUUCUUCUGCAAAGUUGAGAGUUUCUUUCAUUAGUUCAAUGUCAGCGUUAACUUAUGAUGUAGAGGAACAUAACAUGGAUAAGUUGAGUGCACAGGAAGCGGAGCUGCUUCAGGCCCUCUGUGAGGACGAAGAGAGGCUGAAGUGGUUCAGAGAAGGAGAUGCUCUUAAAACAGCUCUGGGACUCACAGUGGGAACUCCUGUAACUGUGGAAGAAGGAGGAAAGAAGCUCAGAGGCAUCAUUCGCUACAUUGGACCGAUAACAGACGCUUUUCCCAUUUCAGGAAAGUUCUUUGGCAUUGAAUUGCAGGGAGAAGACAGAGGAGAGGGGCACACAAAUGGUUCCUUCCAAUUCAGAACCUUCUUCAGCUGUGACAUACAUUCUGGCAUUUUCGCCCCAUUCUCCAGAGUCAGGCCAGUGGUUCCCAGCUCCUUGUCACCCUCCAUGCCAAAGCACUCGGCAGAAACAGAAGGGCUAAACAUGGGGGAUAGAGUCACCUAUUUCAUUGAUGAGAAAUGUCUGCAUGGAAUGGUGCUGGAUGUGCAGGGAGAUUUUGUUAAGAUCUCUACAGACAAAGAUGAGAAUGGAAAGAGAGGGGGCGAAGUACAAGUUUCACUGCGUUCUGUUUUUAAGGGGGAGGUGCCUGCAGAGCCAGAGAAUAUGGUUGUUGAUCCACCUCCAGAGGAACCAGGCACUGAGGAUCUGUAUUCAGAUCACUAUUUGGAUCUCACCGUGAACUCUGUGGUGGAGGUGACUCUGGGUGACGGCAAUUCAUAUGGAAUCAUCCGCUGGAUUGGCACUCCGCCGAGUCGAAAGGAAAUCAUGGCUGGACUAGAGCUGGAGGAAGACAAAGGAGUGAGUGAUGGUACUUUCUUUAAUGAACGGUUCUUCAGUUGUCCCAACAAGAGAGCUCUGUUCGUGAAGCUGCAGUCCUGCCGUCCUGACUCACGAUUUCAGAGCACAUCAGCCGAUCCCUGCAAAAAGAUGCCGAAACUUGAAGAAACAGAGAGAGAUAGGGAGCACAGUGCAGGGAAGCUGGAGACUGUCCCUCCUAUCAGCACGGAGCAGGUUAGUAGUAUUCUGAUUGGACGAAUGAAGGGGAUCCAAGGCCACUGCAACUCCUGCUACAUGGACGCUGCCCUCUUCAGCUUGUUUUCCUGCUCCUCUGUGUUGGACUCCAUGCUGUUCAAAUCAACACAACCUCAAGACGCCCCGAUUCAGAGAACACUUCUCCAGGACAUUGUCAAUCCCCUCCGCAGUAAGGGCUUUGUGGAAGGCCGUCACAUCAUGAAGCUCCGGCAGCAGCUGCAGAAACACGGCUACAGUCACUCCUUCACCACGGAUGAGAAGGAUCCAGAGGAGUUCCUUACUGUCAUCAUGCACCACAUUCUUGCACUGGAUCCUCUACUCAAACUCUCAGCGGGAGGUAAAGUGCAGGAGAGUUACUGCUAUCAGAUCUUCUUGGACCAGAACCGCCUGUUGCUGCCCACCGUGCAGCAGCUGUUGGAGCAUUCCUUCCACACUGCAGCACUCAAGCUGGCAGAGGCACCAUCCUGCCUCAUCCUCCAGAUGCCUCGCUUUGGGAAGAAAUUCAAGAUGUUUGACAAGAUCAUUCCCUCUCUGGAGCUGGACAUCACUGACCUCCUCUCUGAAGGUCCUCAGCAGUGCAUGCUGUGUGGAGACUUGGCCCAGCUCGAGUGCUCCGACUGUUUCAAAGAGUCCCUUUUCAGCCACACAGGAUUCAAAAUCUUCUGCAGGAAGUGUUCAACUCAGGUGCACUCUCAUCCUCAGCGCAGAUCCCAUCAACCCAACGCCCUGGAUAUCCCCAAGGCUUACCUUCCCAGCAGCAAACCUCACACUCUGAUCAGAGACAAGCUGGAGCUGUUCGCUGUGCUCUGCAUCGAGACCAGCCACUACGUGUCCUUCAUCAAACACGGACCCAACAGCAAUGACUGGAUCUUCUUUGACAGCAUGGCAGACAGAGAAGGAGAAAGCGAUGGCUUCAACAUCCCUGAGGUUCAUACCUGCCCCGAGGUUGGCAUGUACCUUGAAAUGUCCCUAGCAGAGCUGGCCAAUCAGGUGCCUCGAGACAUGAAAGGUGUGGCCAAACGUCUCUUCUGCGAUGCCUACAUGUACCUGUAUCAGAGCCCCAGCAUGUGUCUGUAUCGCUAAGGGGACACCAGCCCAUAGCUUUCUUUUUUUGCUAAAAAUGUAAAUGGAAUUUUGAUUUGGUUUGAUAUUCUUUUAUGAAUGUGUGGAAGUACACACUUGAUCAUUUAAAAUGUGUAUGUAGAAUUGUCUGCCCUGGUUGCUGGAAAAGUUUUGUCAGGCUUAAAUAAUUUAUAUUUUCUGUGACAUUUUAAGAAGAUAAAGCAGAAGCUGACGUCGCUUGCUCAAUCAUUUUUGCACUUUUAGUACAAGGCAUUGCCAGAAAUCACUGACAUGUGUGGCAAAUGUGGUACACUGUAAUAUUUGGAUUGUGUAGAUUUCCUCUUGGUGUUUGAUAAGUUAAAAAGUUUAUACUGAAAGUGAAUGAUUGUAGAGGUUGAAAAAAAUUACCAAAGAAAAGGAAUAUAAUGAUUUCAGCGUGGCGGUCUAAUAAAUACAACUUAAAAAUA